GUGAUAUCGUACCGAUUUCUUCACGAUCAGCUGAUUAUUGUUUUUCUUUUUUCCCCCAGAAAGAGAAAAAAAAAAAACCUCAUAAAAGUUAUGUCAGUAGAGAAAUUUUCAUUGCGAAUUCUAGCUAGUUAAUCUUACACAGAUAUAUAGUGAAAAUAAUAGAGAAAGAAAAGGAAGUAAAGAAAAAAGUGUGAAAGAGUAUUAACGACGAUCAAAUGUGUCAAUGACAAAGAGUGCGUCUAUGCGUAUGAGUGUGCGUAUGUAUUCUAUUCCUAUCAUCACUGAAAGGGUCUUGAAGUUGAUCGAAGGUAGAAAAAGAGUAAAAAGAGAUUGACGUUUCGCGGGUGGGGUGACAUCACUGUUCCCUUGGCACUGUUGUCAGUCGCUCACAGAAUGACGCAGUAGAGAGUUGCGCGAGGGUGACAAGCGCCUCGCGGAAAGAAAAAUACGGCUCUUGUCGCGAAAGAAAAUAAUUGCUCAUGAAAGAAAAAUGUCUGCUGAUUCACCAAGACGUAGUGUGCAUAAAGGAGCUCAAGUUGUAUCACCUCAGCCAAUAGUUGAUCGUUCAAUUAUUGAUAGUGUUGCUGGAAUUAUAAAUGAUAUAGUUCCACAGGCAUAUACUACAACUCCCAGCACAGAUAACAAAGAAUCUAUAAGUUGGGCUAGAUUUGAAUAUGCAGAUAUAAAUGAUCCGGCGUUAUAUCCUGAUUUUAAUGAAGGUUCAAGUACACCACCAUUGUUGUUAGUACUUGGGUAUUCGACUGGUGUACAGGUAUGGCUAAUAGCAGCAACGGGAGAAGCAACAGAAGUGUUAUCAUGGCGACAAGGAAUAGUGCGUACCUUAAGAAUUUUACCAAAUCCGAAGACUGACUCUGAACAUGCUGAUCCAUAUGAACCGAAACGGCCAUUAGUAGCGAUAUGCGACUCGGCUGGACCGGGACCACAGUUUUGCAAUAUUAGUUUCAUUUCGCUAAAAACUGGCGAACAAACUAAAAACAUAAAGUUUAAAAAUCCUGUCUGUGACAUUCUGGCAAAUAGGAGAUCCAUAGUUGUAACAUUUUUAGAGAAAAUUGCUGUCUUUGAUGCAAGAACAUUUGAGGAUAUUUUAACAGUAACUACUUGUUAUCCUAGUCCUGGACCAAAUCCCAAUCCUGUCGCAUUAGGAACCAGAUGGCUAGCUUACAGUGAAAAGAAAUUAUUGCCUGGUAGAAGAAGCAGUGGUGGCUGCGAGGGUGAAGGUGUACAAAGUUACACUGCAACCGUUUUAUAUGCAGCGAAGUCUUUAGGAAAAGGUUUACGUGGGUUAGGAGAAACAGUAGCAUCGAGUUUAACAGGAAAUUCAGUGUCACCAUUAGCUGUUAAUAAUAUGGGCAAUGAUGUAACACAGCCAGGUGUAGUCAUGAUUUUAGACCUACAAGCUGCAAAGGAGGAAAAGGAUUUGGAUGAUACAUCUAUAGAGACAGUAAUUGCUCAUUUCACUGCCCAUAGUGAUGCGAUCGUUGCCAUGACUUUUGAUUUAACCGGUGCAUUAUUAAUGACGGCUGACAAACGUGGACAUGAUUUUCAUAUAUUUAGAGUUCAGCCUCAUCCUGGUGGUCCUACACUGGCAGCAGUUCAUCAUCUUUAUAUUUUGCAUCGCGGAGAUACCACAGCUAAAGUACAAGACAUGACAUUCUCAGCUGAUACUCGUUGGGCUGCUGUUUCAACCGUUCGGGGAACUACUCAUGUUUUCCCAGUUGCACCUUAUGGUGGAUCUGUAGGAGUGAGAACUCAUUUGACUCCACAUGUAGUAAAUAGACUUUCACGGUUUCACAGAAGUGCAGGCUUAACGGAUGAUGGUACCAGAUCUCAUUCUCCUGUUUCUCAUACUGAAUUACCUUUAUCAGUCUAUCCUUAUUCCAAUCCGAGACUUCCACCAUAUCCUCAUCCAACAAUUCUGCACCCUUUAGCACAAAUUAGACAGCCAUCUUCAUUGAAUCACGUCAACAGCCAAACUCAACCACGACCACAGCAAAGACAGCGGCUUCAUUCUGACGAUAGUGGUACUUUACCUUUAAAGAUAUGUGCUUGCUUUGCUCCACCUAGAGCUUGGAUUUAUGCGCAAAGAGACUCUGGUAGCAAGGUUGCAAAAAGAGCAGUAGAUUCUUUGUUUAUUAUGGCAUGUCAUGGAAAUAUGAUACAAUAUGAUCUAGAGCCUAAACCUGCUACUGGAGUACCAAAAGAAAAAGUGUGUGAUGAUACAAUGAUAGAACUAGAAGUUGAAGCUAAAGGCCAAUGGCCUCUUCUAAGGUCUCCAAAUUCUAUGGAAAUUGUACCACCUUUAGCAUUAUCAAGUUCUUUAUUUAGCGUCUCUACUGUACCCAAUAAUGUUCAGCCACUUGAUACAAGUGAAGAUGGUUGGUUAAGUCAGGUGGAAAUUGUAACGCAUGCUGGACCACAUAGACGACUAUGGAUGGGACCGCAAUUUGUUUUCAAAACGUAUAAUGCACCUAGUGGGGUUUCUGUAAACUUGGUAGAAGCAGAGGCAGUAGAGAUUGGAAUUACAGGUGGUUCACGCCCAGCAAGAUCAAAUCCUGUUAAUAUGCCACAUGCAGCUUCUAGACCUUUAGUUCCAGUUGUUAUCGAUGGAUCAGGAAGCAGUUAUGAACAGUCACCAAGAUUUAUGGAAGCUUAUGGAGAUUCAUUAGAUAAUGAACACAUUGGAGUUGGCAGUGGUGAAAAUCAAUUAAGAGAAGAUUUGGCAGAAGCUAUGCUUGAAACAUCAAUUGCUCCACAUCGUGCACCUGGGAGGCGCUCGGUAUUUGAGAGGGUGGGUCAGCCAGUAACUAAAGUCGUCAACCCUCUUGGCACCGUGAUAACCGUGUCUGCUGACGAAGAGGACGUCAGCUCUAGUCAAGAGUUCGAUUCCGCGGAGGAGAGUCUAGUUCCUGAAGCACCGAGGAGCGUUUGUGCAGAAGAGGGGCCGGCCUCACUCGGUGAUCUUGAGCCACCGUGUUAUCAAACGUUACGUGAUCUAACAGAGAUAUGUGCUGAGAUGCGUUCCGCAAGCGAACCAGCUAUUGACAGCGUACCAGACGAGAAUAUUCGAGAUAUUAAAGAAAAAAAGGAGCUUUGCGUCGAAGUGGCAUCGAUGAAGUCAACGGGAAAUUGUUCUAUUGAUUUCGAGAGAGAGGACGCUUUUCGAGACGUUCCAAGUGGCCUGAGUCUUUGCGCCGAACAAGGUGAGAUACCGAGCAGUCCCAUGACAGAAGCCAAAGAAAGUACUGCUCGAUCUAAAAGAAGUAAUAAAUAUGAACACGCUGAGACUCAAGAGAAAAGCAUAGCCAAAGCUAAAUACGUUGUUAAUUAUGACGAGGACAGCGUCGUACUAAUGGAGAACAGGCUGUCUUGUGAAAAAGCUAAUCCUCAAAUGCGAGUCAAGAAUCAACAAACCUUCUCUUCCUCCUCAUCCUCUUCCUUCUCCGUCUAUUCUUCUUCUUCUUCGCGGCAUCAGAGUAAAGAUACUGAAAAAACAACAAAGACCUCGAAACAACCCGUUAAAGAAUUGAGAACACGAAUCGACAAAUACAUUGUAAAGGAACAAGAUGAUAGUGUCGUUAUAGAGGAUCCUACUCGGUGUAAUACAGAUACAAAAAAUAAUUGUAUCGGUAAAAAACAUUGCGAUUUAUCGAAAGAAGAUAAAUGUAGGUCGAAUGAUGAAUGUGUUUCAAAAAUCGAUCAUAAGUUGGAUCAAAAGGUAACUGAGAAUACAAAGUGCAAAUCCAAAUCGAAGGACACAGAUACUAUUAAAGAAUCAGAAGGUUGCUGUGGUAGCACUGAUCGAUCUUUCGUAGAAUUAGAUAAACCUAAUGUUAAUGAUGACGGUAUUGCAAACGUCGAAUGCAAGGAAGAAAACGAGACAAUUCCAUCGGACGAUUUUAAUUCUAUGGAGUAUCAUUUGGUAGAUAACAAUUGUCCCAUCAAAGAUGCCACGGUGUCCGAUCAUUCGGACGAGGAUAUUGAACAUAUUCAACGUUCGGAAUUAAUGCGUGCCCGUGAAUCAUCCGAUCGUGAGAAUUCAGAAAAAUUCAUGGAUUUACCUAGUUAUUCCGAUACCUCGCCAGUUACACAAAGGAAAAAUAGUAAAAGUACCAUAUCCGACGAUGAUCUGGAAUAUAUACAUACAUCGGAACUUGUAGAGAUACCUGAUAAUAAAUAUAAUUUAGGAACAACGUCCAUCAGUAAUGUGGAAAAAUCUGAUGAGGAUUGCUCUAUAUCGUCUAAGGGACAGAGUAAACAUACAUUGUCCUCCGACGAUGAUCUCGAACAUAUUCAGCAUUCCGAUGUUUGCGUAUCCCCCUUAGAAACAACAACAACAGCAAUAACAACAACAACAACAACAACAACAACAAUAAUGUGUCCAACAAAGGCGGACGAGCAAAAUCCUAAUGUUAAAUCACAAGAAACCAUUCGUAGUUCCAAAUCGAAAGCUACUAAAAGGCGAAAAGAUAUUUUUGUGAUUGAAGAUAACACGACCGACAAAGUAGAAGUAAGGGUUAUGGUCGAUCCUACGGACAAAUGGAUUGCAUCGAGUAAACAUUUCGAUAAGAAGGCAACAGAAGAAACUCAGCAAAUUGCUAUUGGCGAGAAACGUUUUGGUUCUGUAGCUAAAGUCUCUUCAGAGACUAUUCGCGGGGAGCAUACAGCGAGUAAAUCGAAAGGUACGAAGAAACGAAAGGAUAUUGUCGUUAUAGAAGAAGAUUCGAAGGAGAUCGGUAGAGUGGAAAUUCAGAAGCAUUGUUGGUCAAUAUCAAAAAAAUGUCAAGAAAAGAAUAUCAAUGAUGAAACUCAGAACGUUGAUCUCUCAACUGUAGUAUCAACGUCCAAUCAGAAAAAAAGUACAAUUAGUUUUCCAAACGUGCAACAAGAAAGUAUUCAAUUGGAGCAAACGUGUAAAUCCAAAAUCAAUAAGAAACCAAAGGACAUCACGUGGAUGGAUAUCCAUGGUAAACAAGUUUGUAAGAUGAAAGGAAAUAAAAAGAAGAAGGAUGCCGAGGUGAUCAAUGAAACAUGGAUAACCGAGUCAAAUCUUUUAGAAAAAGAUCCGACGGAAGAUCUGGAGAGAAAAUGUGAAUCGUGUGAUCAAGAGACUACAAGAAACAAAUCCAACAUUCUCUCUGAGGAACUCGAUAAGUGUUCAGAUCAAGAAACUACAAGUUUUUUAGAAGAACCGGCUAGAAGAGACAAUGAUUUUGAGAUUAUGAAGAUGAAUUAUAUGCAUAAAGUCAAAAUGACUUGGAAUCAGAUGUCGUCCCGUCAUAAAACAGUUAACACGAUCGCGAAAAAGCCAAGGGAUGGUUUAAGAACAACCGACGCAACCGCUUUCGAUGCGAAACCAUUGUAUUAUUGUUCGCGAAAGGUAACAGCUGAAAAAUUGCAAGAAGCAGCUGAGGAAUUGAAUACGAAUGCGGAGGUGGAAAAAAAGAUCGAGGAGUUACUUACUAAUAAUUCGAGGGUCUCAAUAUUUAAGAAAAAGAAUCUACCUAUGAUCGAAAGUGAAACUUCUCGUAAAGAAUCAUCUGAUCUCGAGCCAUUGGUAGAGGUUGAGGAGAAAUUGGAUGAGAAAUUGAAAUUACAAAGUACGUCUAAAGUUGACGAAAAUUUGGACGACGAUACGAUUAAAAUAAUUAACGAAGACGAUAAAAUAUCUGAAGAAGUUAAUAAAAUUACGGAGGACGAGGAUAUAAUAAUGGUGGUGGACGAAGAGAAGAUUAAUUAUGAAGAAGAUGAAGAAGAAGAAGAAGAUAUUAAUCCUCCGAUGGAAUCUACCUCAUCCAAAGAGAAUUCACCUGAAUCUGAUUAUCAGCAAGAGAAGAGGAGAAGCGAUUCCGAUCAAGAUAUCAUACCUGAACGACGUUCGAGCUCACCCGACGAUUUAAAUGCUAAUGGUGGGAGUCAAUCGGUCGCAAGUUAUGAAGAUCUAAGUUCGAGUAGUUUCAGUUCAGCGAGCAGAGCAUCAUUAGAUGCAAGAAGUUCACCGACUCCUUCUUAUGGUGCCGAAAAUAUGAUGGUAUUCCCUGGGGAUAGUAGUGGCUCCAUUUGAGAUUACUUGAGGUGCGCAGCUCUUGUACCAAAGUGGUUGCGCUGCCUCAGAUAAAUCGAACGAUCUAUUGUUCGUCUCUUCAAUUCUUCUUCUUUUUUUUUUUUAUAAUUAUUAUUGUUUAUCUAACAAAAGUAGCUCAUCGUUAUUAGAUGAGAUCUACGUUAGAACUGAUUUUUGAUUUUGGUUUCUGGAAGGAUCUCUAUCUCUCUUUCUUUUUUUUUCUCUCUCUCUCUCUCUCUCUUCUCUAUCUCUUUCUUUCUCUUUCUUUCUCUUUCUCUCUAUAUAUCUAUCUUUUUAUUUCUAUUUCUUCUUAUUUAGAGACUCUUAUGCUGUCUUAUUUACGUUAAACAAACGAAUGUAAUAACGUGAUUAACGAUGGGCGAUCUCUCAUCUUUUUAACGGAAGUAUUGCAUUUUGAAGCGACAAUUUUUAAAAGCUACUUAUUACGAUUAGAAUAGUACAUUUAAUUGCUAUACAGCAUACAUAUAUAUAUUAGGAAAGAUCUUUAUAGAUCGCAAAUUGAUCAAGUUAAGGUGUGUAAGAAAAUAAUUAAUUUUUGUCGUUCCUUUUUUUUUUUUUUUUUUUUUUUUGAGGGGGGAUAAUCAAACGAUUAGUACGUAACAGGAAAAAAUAAAAUGUUCUUUAAAGAAGUCUAAUUUAAUUUUAUAAUUCGUUAUUAUACUUGAUCAAUUUAUUUGUUAAAGAAAAAAGAAAAAAAAAAAGAAAAAGAAAAAAAGAAAAAAAACAAAGAACGAAGUAUGCUUUUACGAAAAGGUAUAAUCAAAUGCAAGAAGGGAUGAAACGAGAGAGAAAGUUGUUGAUGAAAAACGAAGAAAAUAAUAAUUAUAUUGAAACAUCGACGAUCUUAACUCUCAUCUAGUUUUCUAUUUUUAAAACAAGUUCCUUCGUUUCUACAGUAUACGCUUGCAUUCGUCGGAUAUUAUGUGAUCGGAUAUUAAAAAAUGUAUCUUUCGUCAUGACGUUGCGGCUUAAUGGGGGAAAAAAAAAUAUAUAUGUAUAUAUAUAUAUAUAUAUAUAUAUAUAUAUAUAUAUAUAAAUAAAAAAAUAAUAAAAAAAAAAAAAAUGAAAAAGAAAAAGAAAAUGAGAUGGAUACGAGAGAAAAUUUCUCAACUUGUUUUUCACUAUUAGAAUCUUACGAUAUUCUGAGAAAGACACAGUGAGAUUAUCACAAUAAUUAAAGUUUAAGAGCCGAAUGUUGCAUUUCUUUCAUUACCAUCAUUUUCUUUCAAGUGCCUCUACUAUGCUUUUAUAUAAAAUUUUAUGUUUCAUAUAUAUGUAUAUAAAAAAAAAAAAAUAUAUAUAUAUAUAUAUCGAAAAUAAUCCGUUAUAUAUAUAAAGGAAAAUAAUAUCAACGUAAAGUUGGUUCCUACUCCAUUAUACGUUGAUAUAUAACAAAAUAAUAACACGUUAUCUUUAAGAUAUUGAAGAACAGGAAUGCACAAACGAUAAUUUUUUUUUUUCUAGUAACAAAUAGAAUAAAUAAAAUUAUUUGAUGGCUGAAGAAGAUCGUCUCUCGUUUGAUUAUCCAUCUAUCUCAAUUUUUUUAAUCACGAGUUUCACAUUAAAAAGAAAAAAAAAAAAGAAAAAGAAAAAAAAAGAAAAAAAGAAAAAAAGGAAAAAAAAGAACAGAAAAAAAAUAUAAGAAAAGAAAAGAAAAAUCAUCGAAAUAGUCUACAAUUGAUGAUCUCUAUAGAUCACAGUUUGCGUAUUCCUGGUCUGGAGGAAUCUGUAUGCAUGCAGAGGACAUGAAGUGUGUAAGAGCCGUUCAAUGUAAUUGUUUAAUCAUUUUGAUAUAUAUAAUUAAUAUCGCAGCAUUUAGUAAUUAUACGAAAAAAAAAAGAGAGAGAAGAAAAAAAAGAAAUGUCGCGGCUAAUCCCGUAUUAGUUGUUAUAUACACGUGAAUUAGCUUGACGAGUACACGAUGUGAACUCGUUUUUUUUUUUUUUUUUUUCAAAUCUCAUUUCACGCAUUAAAAAACGAUAAUUAAUACAAUUGUAAAACGUUAAAUGAGAAAAAUGUCGAAAACGUGAAAGGAACGUUAUUUAAGAAAGCAUAAGAAAAAAAAGUCAGGGAUAGUACUCGAGCCAAACGUAAUAAAUACAUGUAAAUAGAAACAGAGUACACAAAAGCAUGAAGUCAUUUCGACUGUAGUAUAUACGUCGAUAAUGAAUGAAAACGUUAUAAUUUUAAUUGUACAAAAUCUAAUACAACUCUCUCCUUCUCUCAUUGUUUUAUUCUUCUUCUCUUUGAUUGAUUUUAAUAUUUUAUCUUAAACGAUGGACGUACAUGCAUAUACGAUUUAAGAAAAAAAAAAAAAAGAAAAAAAAAAAGAAAGAAAAAAGGAAAAAAAACGAAAAAAAAAAGAAGAAAAAAAAGUAGAGCUCUUGUGCCCGCGGACUGCAACCCCUGGACUCGAAAAUAGAUAUAAAAGAAAAAAAAAAAAAAAGAAAAAAAAAAGAGAGAGAGAAAGAAAGAAACGAGUAAAGCGCGUUGCCUAGAAUUAUAUCAAACGUUCUACGUGAUAUCAUUUAUUUUGUCCGCGAUAGAUAGAAAUCUUAUUGUCAGUAGGUAAGAAAAAUUAUUGUGCUACACAAUAUGAUCGCAUUUGAAGCGCAUCUUAGAUUUUAUUAUCAUUCGUCGACGUAAGAAAAAUUGCAGAAAAAAAAACAGGCAAAUGAAAGCAACAUCUAUUUCUCCUUCUCCUCCCCCCUCCUCCUCCUUUUUCUACCUUACUCCUUUCACUUCAAAAAAAAAAAAAAAAAAAAAAAGAUAUCAAUGAUAUUCUCAAAAAUACCUAUUUAUUCUUAAAGAACUUUAGCCAGGGUAAAUUGAUUAAGAUUUCGUCUUAUAAAUAUUUUUCGAUACCUACGAGAAUAGAUAAGAAAUUUUUCAUUCUCAUAAAUAUCGCGUAUUAGUGUUUACAAAACGUAUGUAUAUUUGUAAAGAAAUUUUUGGCAAUUGAAUUUUCCAAACAAAAAAUUGUCUAUUAAACACCGAAAAAGAAGAAGAAAAAGAAGAGCGUUUGAGAAAAAAAAAGAGAGAGAGAGAGAAAGAGAAAGAGAGAGAGAGAGAGAGAGAGAGAGAGAGAGAGAGAGAGAGAGAGAGAGAAAAGAAACAAACAAAAAUAGAACGUAUGUUCACGUACGUAUAUUUUUCUAUCUCUUAUUUUCUAAUGGUCCCCAUUACAGUGUAUCUAUUAAAAUUUUUAACGAACAAACGGACGAAGCGCGAGCUAACAGGCUCUGGUCCGCGGCGCACAAUAAAUUGUAAUCGUAUUUUAAUAAUUAUUAAUUAUAAUAUUAAUUAAUUAUAAUACUAAUUAAAUAUAUAUAUAUACAUAUACAUAUGUAUAUUUAUAUAUAUAUAUAUAUAUACAUAAUAUUUUAGUAAAGAGCGCUUAUGUAAACAUGUAUACAUCUAUCUCGCUUUUUUUUCGAACGUAAAACUUCUAAGAUUGGUCGAAUGCAUUCUCUCUCUCUCUCUCUCUCUCUCUCUCUCUCUCUCUCUCUCUCUCUCUUUUCGUCACUUUUCUAAAAUUUCUUAUAUAUUGUUUAUAUUUUCUGUCAAAGAAAAAAAUUGAAAUAUUAUAUAAGAAACAUUCAUUAUUAUGUUACUCUAAGGUCGUAAUAAAAUUGAAAGAUUAAAAUUGAUUAAUUCGAUAUGAGGACAAUGUUAAUGAGAACUGGUUAAAACUUAACGCAAUAUUUUUCUUCCUCGAUUAAGCGACGACGUUCUAUGCGUUAUAGAAUAUUAAUCAGCGAGAUUAUUUAAAAGGAAAAAAAAAAGGAGAAAGAGAAAGAGAGAGAAACAAAGAGUACGGAAAAUACAUAUAGUUUAUGUCUUAGUUUACAAUCAGAAAGAUUCAAAUGGAAUUUGACAAAAAAAUUUCUUUCUUGAAACGACAUAUGGUGCUUUAAUCAAAAAGAAAAAAAAAAAAGAAAAAAAAAAGAAGAAAAAGAAAAAUGAAUAUUAUUAGCGAGAAAAUAUUAAAAUAGCAAAGUUAUAAUCACUUACGUUAUUUAAAACGAUUCGAGAAACCAGACGGAUGAUGACGAUCUUUCUUUAUAGAUCUUCCUCUCUUCGAAGUCACAUCGAAUACUGUCGGAAAGAGUAAGUUUCGAUAACAAAGCUCGGCUCGUUAUUGUUAUAUUAUAAACAAACAACGUUUAAGGUGUCGAGUAUCAAAAUCAAAGCGAGUCUUUACGUCUCCGUCAUAAUAGAUCCAAACGCUGUACGAUAAAGGUUAAAGCUAAAUAAUGAUACGUUAUUGUUCGUAUUAAUUGUAAAAGAUUACAUGAUCCAUUUCUACAUAAAAAUCAUACGAGUAUGCGAUCGAAUUAUCUUUACAAUAAUCUAUUUAAAUCUUAUAUAAACACGUUUAAUAUAUAUUAAUUUCUGCGUGAAACGUGAAACACAACUAAUUAGCGAUUAUUUUCUUUACAAAUUAAUAUGCAAUCGAUAUAUAUAUAUAUAUAUAUAUAUAUAUACAUAAUGGAUAAUUAGUAUUAUACAUAAACAAUAUCGUCGAUCAUACAUUAUUAUAAAAGAGACUAACUCGAAAAAUUGAUAAAAAUUCUUCGGGUGUGCUUCAAUCAAAAAAGAAAAAAAAAAUAUUUUGAAAGUUAGAUACGUAUAUGUAAUAUUAUAUGAUUCUUUUUUUUUUUUCACGAUCGAGCAACGAGCAUUGCUUUUCCAUGGCCACAUUUGUAUUACAGGUAAACGAAUAAUUUCAUUCUAAUUGAAAAUCUUUAUCCCGACAGAGAGACAACAACGCAUUAUUACUUGUUCGAAUUUAAUCUUUAUUUUUCUAUUCGAUUUAAGCAUAUUUAUUAGCAAUUUGAGAAACAUAAUUACAGAGCAUGAUCGUUAGAGGGAGAGAUAGGGAAGGAGGGAGGGAGGGAGAGAGAGAGAGAGAGAGAGAGAGAGAGAGAGACAAUCUUGUACAUUCCAGGACAUUUUUGUUUUCCGAUAUUUUUCGACAUAUUAGAAAUUAAAAAAAAAAAAAAUAGCGCGCGGGCGAACAUAAUUUCCUACGAGAGAAAAAGAGAGAGAGAGAGAGGGGGGGGGGAGAAAAAAAGAGAGAGAGCCUUUUUACGAAAUUAAAUUUCGCGGUGUCGCUUGUUGCGACAAUACAACAAAGAGGAUCUAUGUAUUUCAUUGGCUAAAUGAUAAUUCAUUGAAAUCUACAGUUGCAAAUCAUAUCCCUGUAUAUUUAUAAGCUUGUUAUACCAACAUUUAUACAAUAUGCAUUUCAAUUAUUAUUCUCUAUCACCGUUCGGUGUAGCCUUAUAGAUAUUAUUCACGUUGACGAAAGAUCGUUUCUUUGUAUUUGAAAGAAGGAAAAAAAAAAAAAAAAAAAAAAAAAAAAAAAUAAAAAAGAAUAAUUUUUUUUUAUUAUUAUUCCAAAUACAUUGAUUAAAAAUUUCUACAUUGUUAAUCCUUUGCAUUUCUUUUGUUUUUUUUUUUUUGUCGCUACAUUUUUACGCUCACUUUAUUAUCACUAUUGUGUUCAUGAAUUUUUACAAUGAUUUAAUUAAAGAAUAUGAUUUUGGCUAAUAAUAUGUUUAGCGAUGAUAGUAGCCAUUACAGAUAUGAAAAGGCGGUCUUUUUAAAAUUUAACGAUUAGCACCAUGUAGUUACGAAUGGCAUCGUGUCAUCUUGAUUUACACGUAUAUUAAUUUCUCGUAUAUUUUAUUAUAUUACGUAUCGUCAACUGAGAUGAUACAGGCUAUUAUUACACACAAAAUUAUAUACACAUAUAUAUAUAUGUAUGUGUGUGUAUAUAAUAUAUGUAUAUAUCUUUUUGUCUAUAUAUAUAUUAUAUAUAUACAUAUAUAUUCUAUGCAUACCUUAAGUAAGCAUAUACUUUAUGCUAUGUACACAUUUUUACGAGGAAGCGAUAUUAUUCCGAGUGAAAUUUAAAAUGUCACAUUGAAAAGUUAUGCCUCGUGAUACGCUAUGAUCUUUCCAUGAGAUCUUACGGAUCGACUUUUAGAAAGAAACAUGUGUUUUGUAAUUGCAAGGAACAGGGAGAAUUAUCAGAAUAAAUAAAAGAUUUUUAAUGAUCACAA